UUCUAGCUGCAAAGCAGACUGGAAUUUGAGAUUGUAAAAAAUAGAUUAUUAAACCAUAAUUCUGAUUUUUAAAUAAAUGUGAGAUCUCUCCACUCAAGAGAUGGGAGAGUAGGCUGUGAAUGGCCCUGGAUGAUGUAAAAUCGACAUGUAGAUUUGGAUGGUUCCCUGCCAAAGUUUUACAUGGGAGAGUGGCAAUUUCCUUCCUUUGCAGAGGAGGGAGUGGAGGGGCUGGAGCUGGCGUCACCUUCUGUUGCUAAGAUAUCUACGUGAUUAGCUUCUCUCAAAAUCCUGUUUUAAACAUCGAAGAUGGAUUAUCCUAAAAUGGAUUAUUUUCUGGACGUGGAGUCUGCUCAUAGACUCUUGGAUGUGGAGUCAGCACAAAGAUUCUUCUACAGUCAAGGAGCUCAAGCUCGCCGGGCGACCCUGCUCCUGCCUCCCACAUUAAUGGCGGCUUCUUCGGAGGAUGACAUAGACCGGCGGCCCAUCAGAAGAGUCCGCUCCAAGAGCGACACGCCAUAUCUUGCAGAGGCCAGGAUCUCCUUUAACCUGGGGGCAGCUGAGGAAGUGGAGAGACUGGCAGCAAUGCGCUCUGACUCGCUGGUCCCGGGCACACACACCCCGCCUAUCCGGAGGAGGAGUAAGUUUGCCAACCUGGGAAGGAUUUUCAAGCCUUGGAAAUGGAGGAAGAAGAAAAGUGAAAAGUUCAAGCACACAUCUGCAGCUCUGGAAAGGAAGAUAUCGAUGAGACAGAGCCGAGAGGAGCUGAUCAAACGAGGGGUCUUGAAGGAAAUCUAUGAUAAAGAUGGAGAGCUCUCCAUUUCAAAUGAAGACGACUCCCUGGAGAAUGGACAGUCCCUGAGUUCCAGCCAACUGUCUUUGCCUGCCCUGUCAGAAAUGGAGCCUGUACCAAUGCCCAGGGACCCUUGCUCAUUUGAGGUGCUCCAAGCUUCAGAUAUCAUGGAUGGACCAGUGUCUCAAGAGAGUCCCUCUGCCAGUGAGUCUGGAGUCCUCCUGUCCCAAGAUCCUUCAGCCAAACCAGUUCUGUUCCUGCCCCCCAAAAAACCUGCUGCUUUCUCUGGAGACCAUGAGGAGACCCCAGUGAAGCAGUUGUCCCUUCUCAAGCAGCCCCCGGCCCUGCCUCCCAAACCCACUGCCCGGAUUGCCAACCACUUAACAGAUCCUGGCGCCCCUGUGAAAUUGCCUUGUCUGCCAGUGAAACUGUCGCCUCCGCUACCUCCAAAGAAAGUCCUGAUCUGUAUGCCUGUUGGGGGGCCAGAGCUCUCCCUGGCAUCCUACGCAGCCCAGAAGAGCAGCCAGCAGGCCGUGGCCCAGCACCACCACACUGUCCUGCCAUCCCAGAUGCAGUACCAGCUGCAGCAUGGCAGCCACGGCCAGCACCUCCCAUCCUCCACCGGCACCUUGCCCAUGCACCCCUCCAGCUGCAGGAUGAUUGAUGAGCUCAACAAGACACUUGCUAUGACCAUGCAGAGGCUGGAAAGCAGCUCCGAGCAGCGAGUCCCCUGUUCCACUUCUUACCACAGCUCUGGUUUGCACUCAAGUGACGGUGUCACAAAAGCAGGACCCAUGGGACUUCCGGAAAUAAGACAAGUGCCAACUGUUGUGAUUGAAUGUGAUGACAAUAAAGAAAAUGUGCCUCAUGAAUCUGACUAUGAAGACUCAUCCUGCCUGUAUGCUCGGGAGGAGGAGGAAGAAGAGGAGGAUGAGGAUGAUGACACGUCACUGUACACCAGCUCUCUGGCCAUGAAGGUCUGCAGGAAGGACUCCUUAGCUAUCAAACUCAGCAACAGGCCCUCAAAGCGAGAGCUAGAAGAGAAGAACAUCCUUCCCAGACAGACAGAUGAGGAGCGGCUGGAGCUCAGACAGCAGAUCGGCACCAAGCUCACCAGGCGGCUGAGCCAGAGACCCACAGCAGAGGAACUGGAGCAGAGGAACAUUCUGAAACCUCGGAAUGAACAAGAAGAGCAGGAGGAGAAGCGUGAAAUUAAGAGGAGGCUGACUCGCAAGCUCAGUCAAAGGCCCACAGUGGAAGAACUUCGGGAGAGGAAGAUCCUCAUUCGGUUCAGUGACUACGUGGAGGUAGCAGAUGCCCAGGACUAUGACCGCAGAGCAGACAAGCCAUGGACCCGCCUCACAGCUGCUGACAAAGCUGCCAUCCGGAAGGAACUCAAUGAGUUUAAAAGCACUGAAAUGGAAGUCCACGAAUUAAGUAGACACUUGACCAGGUUUCAUCGACCUUAAGAGUGAGAUUACCUUUGAGUGCUCUGCUGUCUUCAAAACAUAAAUUUAUGAGAACCAUAAGUGCUGGCGUUUGUCCACUUCCCCAUUAUGAUGUAAAUCUGAACUGCCUUUUUUUAAAAAAAAAAGAAGAAGAAAGAAAAGAAGAAAGAAGAAGAAACAAAGGGAAACACAAUCAGGAUUCUAUGUGCAGGAACACCAUGGUGACUACUCCUCAGUCAAAGUUGCUGGCGCCACUUCUGCUACAGAAAGGUGUCCCCGCCCCCAGCAGGGCUCUACCUGAACACUGUCCAGAGACUGCCUUGUGACCCUCCCCCCCCUGCCAGCCAGCACGCACCACAUUGGUUCAGUCUUCAAUGAACCCCUUCCUCACAGGGGACUAUCACCUGAGUCCAAGGGCAGGGGGUUUGGCAUGGGAGUGGAUGGGUAAAAUCCUAAUCCAGCUACCCUAGACAGACUCCAGACGGGGCAUUCACUUUGGGGGCCCUUGAGAGGAGGAAGGGGGGAAGACCUCUCAGUUGUCACCCCCAUACACACACACUUUCUCUUCAGCCUUGUCCUGGGGAAGCCUGUGCUGGCACUCUGAUCCUAAGCAUGUAUGUUGUGGGCAGAGGAGGCCGAAACUGAGCAUCUAACUUGACCCCCAGCCCGAACAGAACUGCUCUCCAGAAAAGUGAGGAAUGGUGGCUGCCUGUCCAGCUCGCAUUCAUUGACCAGCUUAUGUUUGGAAAGCCCGGGGCCGUGCGUGAUCCACACAUAAAUGCCAUUGCUAAGGUUCCCUGUGGUAUUCAUGAGUAUGAGCUGACCAGAGGCUGGGGUCAGAAACUCCACGUGACCUGUGCUUUUCAUUGGCCUUGGGACACCUCUGAGACAGUGAAGCUGUGGUUUGGCAGUUUUAACAGCUUCGAGUACAUGGAGACCAGAGCUGGGCACCAAUGUCCCUGUGACUCUCCAGGGCCUUCCACUCUUCUGUCUGUUCUCUGAAGAGUUUCUGCAGAAAGAUCACAUCCUAGCAGGGCUAGCACUGAGCAAAACUUUGCCAGCCAUGGCUGUCUAUGGUGUCCCUUGCUGCUCCUCUUACCCGGAGCCCCCCCCCCACAUCUCUUUCUUGGGGUGUGCCUCCAGCUGCCCUGUUGACAGGGCCUCCAAGGGUUGGGUUACGCUGAGGGAAGGACACCCCAGACCCUACGGAGGCCUGCCACAGCACUGUUUUCCUUCCUAGUGGAGCUCACAGGCUCUUGUGUGAUAAGCUCUGCCUCCAUCCCUGUGGUGCACCCCAGCCUUCAGAGUCACCAUGGUUUCACUAGGUGAUGGCUGAUUCCCCAUCCAACACACCCAGGAUUUUAAAAGAUGUCAGCUAGACAUUCUGGUCAGCCCCCAAAAGAUAUCCCCUUGUCAAACCAGUUGGGACCAUGUCACUCUUAGGACACAGCACCUAUCAGUGAGAUCAUGUAAUUUUCUGGAGCAUUAAUGUCUCCAUGGCCAGUUGCUAACCCAGAAACCAGGCAGAGGUAAAGGAAAGCUUAGAUCGGCCCUACAGGUAGCGCCAUAAAGCUGCUGCCCUCCUGGAACCAUCUGGACCAAGCACACCUCUGUUCAGCUCAAAGACACCACCGUCACUGGAUCUUUCUAUUAUUAUUAUUAUUACUAUUAUUAUUAUUUGAAUGUCCAGAGGGGUAUUCAGGGAAAACAUAGCAGGGAUUUUAGUGUGGGUGUAAACACAAUCUUCUAGAAAGUCUUACUGACUUUUGAAUGUGCACAGGGUAGGAGCAAGAUGCAGAACUCUUUCCUUGAACUUCCCUAGGGUGGAGAGUAGACACAUGUCCUGGGUGGAGGUCCUGCCUGGCCAGGCCUGAGGGCUACACUUCCUCUAAACAGCAGCUGUGCUUCAGGCUGCUGUGGUGUCCUGGACUGACAGACAGGCCUUUCCCAGUCAGGAGGAGUCCUAAGGAACGCCUUGGCUUCCCUGCUGGCCUUGGUUCUGGGACCCUUCUGAUUGCCUGGGAACAGAAGUCCCAAAGUCUUCUAUUGCUCUGCUGCUGUACAGGCACCUCAGCAUGCCCUGGAGUUGCCCUCCUCUCUCUCUAUGGAAGAAGUUGGACACAAUGCCCACAUCACUUCUUGUAGGGCCCCCUUUUGCAGAAGUCACUUGCUCAGAGUUAGGGGUGUGCCUCACAUGCUCCUAAGAGGUCACCUCCUUUGGGGAUCAGCUAUUUCAAGGCCAUGACAAGUGGUUCCUACCCAGGCUCAGCAGCCUCCCCAGCUGUGGGAUGGCACUUGCCUUCUCCUUCUGAAAGCCUUGGGUCUUUAGGGAGCUGUAACCACCUUUCCCCCCACUUUGAUAGGAUAACUGAAGUGACUCGAAUUGUUUCCAGAGGUGACAAUUUGACAUUAAUGAGGGGGGAAUAAGGUGAACCAUAUGGCUUUAACCAUCCCUUUCUGGAAAAGCUGCAGUUCUCAAGUGAGUUCAUCUUGAGCCUACACAUUCCCAUCUGAGCACCAUGGGGUUCAGGUUAGCAAGAAAGGGGGGAACUGGAAAUGUGUCAACUCUUGUUCCUUCUCAAAACCAGGCAUUGCUGAAGACCCCAUCCCAGGUUCGCUUCCUGGGAGAAGAGCCUGCCAUUGGCAAACUGGCUUUUCCAACGUCCUGAUGGCUUUGUCCCCAGAUGCUCUGAGAGGCCCGUCAGGUUUUUAGAAUGUGAGCCUUUCUUCCAGGUAGAGAAACCAAACAAUGCAAUGGUCCAUAUGAGGAGAUGUUCUCAACUUCUUUUUCCCCUGCUUAUGAACAAUGUGUUUGUACUUUCGGAAUGAGCAUCGUGGUGUGUCGCUUUGAUGAAUGGGGUCCCGGACUCUCCCUGUACACAGUCAGUGGGCAGGGGUCACCUUCGAUGACUUCUUCCUCCCAUGAGUCUCUUCCUCCCCAAGCAGGUUGCUUUCUUCCAGUUGCUUCCUGGUGUCUGUACAUAGUUCGUCUUUGUAUAGGAGUGAGUGAGUGUGGUGACCUUUGACCCCGUGCCCUCCAGGGUUCUAACUUAACAGAUGACGGCUGUAUGAGGAAGAUGCUGUACAUAGAAUAUAAACUAAACUGGAUCUCUGUGGCCUAGGUUUUGUACAUACAGAAACUGCAUGGUAUUUAAAUUAUUGUUUCUCUCUGAUAAUGUAUGCAGUUUCUUUAAAAACAAACCAAAAGAAAAAAAGUUUAAAAAAACAA